AGUCGUUUGCCCGAUCGCUUGGUUUCAGUUACGAAUUGUCUCUGAUACGCGAAGUUUGGCACGGUGCGCAAUCGCAAUCGUUGUAGUUUUUUGUUGGUGUGAAGGAAGUGAAGGAAUUGCUAAAUCAUCUGGUUUUAUGUUUGUACACGGUCUGAAUAAUUUAUGCCGUCCACGAUUCUAAAGCCAGUGUGAGCACCACAUAAACGUCAACGUCUCCCGCAGCAUACCAACACCAAAAUCAGAUCACAGCUACGUGCAUAUUUAUACAUCCACAGUUUUUUUGUCAUACUCAUACAUAUAAUUGACUCACACCGGUCCAAAAAGAAUAUUCCCAGCGAGUCAUCUAUAUGUAAGAGUAUAAGUAAACAUAAACCAAACUUAGUGAAUAUAUAUACAAAUAAGCGAUAACAUCAGGCAAUAUGGCGGCCGUAGAGGUACGCAACGGAUACAAAUACUAUGGCAGUAAAUCAAAUCCCAAAAUUAUUCUCAACUACUUGAAUAUGAAUGUAAUGCGCGGUUCAAUAUAUGGUCUUCUUGGUGCUUCAGGCUGCGGCAAAACUACACUACUCUCCUGUUUAGUCGGUCAGCGCCAUCUUAAUAGCGGUGAAGUCUCAGUUCUGGGCAUGAAGCCUGGACAACCGGGCAGUGGCAUUCCAGGUUCACGUAUUGGCUAUAUGCCGCAGGAAAUCGCUCUUGUCGAUGAGAUGACAGUAAAAGAGACCAUUUUCUAUUUCGGACGUAUUUAUGGUUUGAAGGAAGAACAGAUUCGGGAGAAAUUCAAAAUAUUACGUUCACUAUUGCAAUUACCACCACCAAGGCAGCUUGUGAAGAACUGUAGCGGCGGCCAACAGCGACGAGUCUCAUUCGCAUGCGCCAUGAUACACGAACCAGAAUUACUGAUACUCGACGAACCGACAGUGGGCUUAGAUCCCAUGCUAAGGGAGAAAAUAUGGGACUUUCUUGUGGAGAGCACUAGGAAUAGCAAAAUGGCUGUGAUCAUUACUACACAUUAUAUAGAAGAGGCGAAAAAAGCCAAUUGCAUUGGCUUAAUGCGAAAUGGUGUACUAUUGGCGGAAGAUACUCCAAUAAAUAUAAUGAUAAAAUUUGAGUGCAACUCUAUUGAGGAUGCCUUUCUAAUAUUGAGCCAAAAACAAGGUGACUCGGACAUAGUGCAGCCCAACACGAUUAACACCUCCCAAUCGCCAGCAAUUAUGCAUUCUGUGGAAGUAAUAGACGCAACCUCGCCAGAACCCAACGACAUGUGCAAAAAGCUUCCAUUGGUCGAUGAAAACGACAACAAAACUCAACCAACUGAUCAAGGAGGUCAUUGUCGCGAGCAAGAAACCGAGAAUAGAAAGCGAAUAUUUUUCACGACGCGCGGCCGAAUUAAAGCUUUGAUGACAAAAAAUUUUGUGCAAUUAUUCCGACAGCCAUCUGGAAUAAUAUUUAUGCUGCUCUUCCCAUUAAUCCAGCUCACCUGCUUUUAUUUAGCCAUUGGCAAAACACCAACAAAUCUAAAACUCGGUAUCGUCAGUGGUGAAGUAAAUGAUUAUGCAACAUGUUUUGAUCAGAAUUUAAAGACUGUUUUUAAUCACAAUGACACGUGCGAAUUUAAAAAGAUAUCGUGUCGUUAUAUAAUCGAGUUGGGUGAUGACAUAGCUGAGAGAGUAUACUACAAAACAGAGGAAGAAGCUUAUAAUGCAGCUAAGCGAACUGAAGUCCUCGGUUAUAUCAUGUUCCCCAACAAUUUCUCCGAAUCAAUGAGAGUGCGAAUGGAGGAGGGGCGUUACGCGGAUAACGGUGCGGUGGAAAACUCCGAACUUAGUGUUCACAUUGAUAUGACAGAUCAACAGAUUGGAUACUUUAUUGAGCGCAAAUUACGUGAUAGUUUUGGUUCUUUUGUGAAAAACGUGUUAGCUGAAUGCAAUCUACCAGCUGGCUUGGGAAAUAUUCCUAUACAAUUUCAGGAACCCGUUUAUGGUUCAUUUGAUAUAGAAUUUCAGCAAUAUGUGGCGCCUGGUGUUGUCAUGACUAUGGUGUUCUUUUUGGCAACAUUGAUGACAGCAGCUGUCUUCAUUUCGGAGCGUAUGGACGGUGUGUGGGAUCGCACACUGGUGGCUGGAGUAUCCGCCAUGGAAAUGCUGUGGGCGCAUCUACUCACACAGCUCAUUAUAAUGGCAUUCCAAUCUUUUGAGGUUAUAAUGUAUAUUGGAUUGGUAUUUGAUACUUACAACAAAGGUGAUACAGCAACACUAAUUGGCCUAUUGACAAUGACAGCCUUUUGUGGAAUGCUCUUCGGUUUGCUCAUAUCGGUGUAUUGUAAAUCGCACACAGAAGCAAAUUUCGUGGCCACUGGUGCAUUUUAUCCAAUGAUAAUUCUUUGUGGACUGCUAUGGCCUCUGGAAGGAAUGCCGAAAUCUCUACAAGACAUUGUCUUAUUCUUUCCAUUUACGAUCCCAUCUAUAUCAGCACGAAACAUUAUAGAGAAAGGUUGGUCGAUUACAAAUUGGCAAGUGUACAAUGGAUUCAUAGUAAUGUCAGUAUGGAUAGUUAUAUUCUUUACACUCUGUAUGGUGGGCCUUAAACGUAAAACUUAAGCCGAUCUGGGAUUUGGCGCCAAAGAAGAAGUUGUAGUAUUAAAAUUUACAUAUAUAUAUACAUAUAUAGAAAUAGGUAAAAAUAAUGCAGGUGUUACAUGUCCAUAUACAGAUAAAUUUGUAAAAAUCCUAAUAUUAACAAUUUUAGCAAAAAAUGGCAUACCAUAUAAAUCCGCACCGAACUUUGCGUACGCCAUAUGCUUGCAAAUUUUAAAUACAUAUGUAUGUGCAAAUACACAUGUAAAUCGAUCAUUUAAAUUGUGAUCACGCAUACAUAUACACUCAUUUUCAUCAUGAACAUAACUUUCCUCCUUGUUAGAGAAUUUAUAAUAUUUUUGUAGUAUGUUAGAUACAAAGUAUGUGGUAGGGAAUGUACAGACGCAUAUGUACUAUAGACAUAAUCGCAUAGAGUUAACAACAUAUGUUUAUGUAUUUAUAUACUUAUGUAAGAAACGAAGUGUAUAUACUAUUGGGCAUAAAUAAGUAAAUAUUUAAUAAAUAUGAUUUUGCAUAAAGUAAA